CUUUGUUUUUUAAUUCUUGUUCACAUUUGAUGAAAUCCAUAAGAGAGCAAUGAGGAACCAUUCGAUGCAGACAGAGUUCAUUCUUUUGGGUCUGACGUGUGACUCUGAGCUGCAGGUUGUAAUUUUCCUCUUUCUAUUUUUUACCUACAUGUUGAGUGUGACAGGAAACUUAACCAUCAUCAUUCUUACUCUGCUGGAUUGCCACCUUAAGACACCAAUGUACUUCUUCUUACGAAAUUUCUCCUUUUUAGAAAUCUCAUUCACAACUACUUGUAUUCCAAGGUUCCUGGUGAGCCUUGUGACAAAGGACCAAACUAUUUCCUAUAUGAAUUGUAUGACUCAGUUAUUUUUUUUUAUCUUUUUUGGAGUAGUGGAAUUUUAUCUUCUGGCUGCUAUGUCUUAUGACCGUUAUGUGGCUAUAUGUAAACCUCUGCAUUACAUGACCAUCAUGAGCAAGAGAGCUUGCUACCAAUUAGUACUCAGCUCUUGGGUAACUGGAUUUCUGAUUAUCUUUCCUCCAAUGGUCUUGGUUUUCAAGUUGGAAUUCUGUGCUUCCAAUGUCAUUGAUCAUUUUAUUUGCGAUUAUUCUCCCAUUCUGCAGAUCUCUUGUUCAGAUACACAUUUCCUAGAGGUAAUGUCUUUCUUCUUGGCAGUGGUAACACUAAUGGUCACACUGAUGUUAGUGAUUCUCUCUUAUGGCUACAUCAUCAAGACAAUUCUCAAAUUCGCUUCUGCUCAGCAAAGGACCAAAGCCUUUUCUACCUGUUCCUCCCACAUGAUUGUUGUUUCCAUCUCUUAUGGUAGCUGCAUCUUCAUGUACAUAAAACCAUCAGCAAAUGAUAGAGUGACUUUAAGCAAAGGAGUCGCUGUGCUCAAUACCUCGGUUGCUCCCUUAUUGAAUCCUUUCCUUUAUACCCUGAGGAACCAGCAAGUGAAACAGGCCUUUCAGGAUAUGGUCCAGAAAAAUUUACUUGCUUCAAACAAAUGAGAAAAUUCUAAAAAACAUGAAGAGAAAAAUGCACUAAAA